AUGAAGACAUUCGCGGCUCCGAGACCGGACCACGUUUCGGCCGACCUCUCACGAGCUGGAGGACAUCGCCUACACGAGAUACUAGUGGAACAUCUAACGUCUUACCUUCAAAGGGAAAGGAUCCCCUACCAGUGGAAAAUCUCCCGAACAAUCCUUUUUUAUAAGAAGGGCGAUAGGGAGGGUCGUCGGAACUACCGUCCAAUAUGCCUGCUAAGCAUGCUUUACGUCAAGGGCACUGGCCCAACCUCUGUCGAACAAGUGGAUCCGAUAGGGAUUCAGCUGCGUGGAUCACAUCCAAACGGUUUCGAGGAUUACCGAAGUGUGCUGAGAGAACCGCCUUUCUCUCAUCCUCACCUUCGUUGA